AUGGAGCUGAGGAGGGGAAAGACCUUCAUCAAAUCUAGCGUGCAGAUUUCCCAUGAGAAACUCAUAGACCCAGCAGCCUCUGUACCAGCCAAGGAGGACACAGGCCCUUGGUCACUCUCACUGGGAGGGCAACCGAGAUCCCACAGUGAGAAGAGCUCCCAGACUUCUCCCUGCAUUCAAGGGUAUGGCCAGUGCCCCGACAAAGAGAUACCAUCUGAUCCUGAAGGGGGUCCCACGCCCGUCUGCGGAACCACCUUCAAGUUGGUGCGCAAGAGCAAGACUCACGACAGUGUACCAGGGGCCGUGAAGGCAGCCGCCGCCACAGGACAGAUGGUGGGGAGCGUGAGCUUCCCAGAGACCCCUGGGGGUCAGCGUAUGAUUGACUACCGCCACUUUGUGCCCCAGAUGCCCUUCGUGCCGGCUGUGGCUAAGAGCAUCCCAAGGAAAAGGAUUUCCCUGAAGAGGCCCAAGAAGUGCUUUCGAAACCUAUUUCACAUCCGCAGAAGCAAGACUGAGAACUUGGCCUCACUAUCAUCCAAGGGGAAGAGCCUGUCAUCCCCUGAGGUCCCACUGGGUGUUGGGGCAGAGCAAGGCAAAUUGUUCCUCUCCAUGGGUGAGGGGCUGGGGCUGGACAGCCUAUGCCAGGAUCUGUCUGACAGUGAGUUUCUGCCGGACACACCCUUUGACCUCUGCAGCGCCCUGUGUGAGGAUGUGGCCUCACUCAAAAGCUUUGAUUCGCUGACAGGUUGUGGGGAGAUCUUUGCAGAUGGAAGCUCGGUGCCAUCUGUGGAGUUGAAAGAAGGUCCGGAGAGCCCAGCCCACUCACCCCAGACUCUGGACAGCAAGACUCCCCGGGGUCCCUCCCAGGAUAGCAUGGAACAGCUGGCAUCCCCUGCCCAGAACGAAGCAUCAGACUUCACCAAGUUCUGGGAUAACGUGAAUCGCUCCGUGAAGCAGCAGCAGCGUGCCCUGCUGAGCCCAUGGCUGGUGAGUCCCCAGGGGACAGACACAGACCCGCCCAGGUUAGAUACCUGUGGGUUAGCUGAACUGCCCUUGUUGCCUUGCAGGGGUCCCCCCAGUGGCUCCAAAGCCAGCUCCAUAGACACAGGUACCCCCAAAAGUGAGCAGCCAGAAUCUGUGUCCACAAGUGAUGAAGGCUACUAUGACUCUUUCUCGCCUGGGCUUGAGGAGGAGAAAAAGGAAGCUGCCAGCCCAGGGACACCUGCGGCCACUUUCCCCAGGGACAGCUACAGUGGGGAUGCCCUCUAUGAACUCUUCUAUGACCCCAGCGAGGCCCCUGCUGGCCCCAUCCUAGAUGAUGACCUGUGUGUGUCUGAGAGUCUUUCGGGGCCUGCCCUGGGGACUCCGCUGUCAAUGUGUAGCUUCCGCGUGGGAGCCGAGGAGAACCUGGCCCCAGCGCCGGGCCCUGACUUACUCAGUCAGGGGUUCCUGCAGAGUACCUGGAAGGGCAAGGAAUGUCUGCUGAAGCUCUGUGACACAGAACUUGCCAUCACCAUGGGCAUUGUCAACUGGCUGCGCCGGACCCCACCUGCGCCUGCCCCUGCGCCUGCCCCUUCCCCUGCUCUUGUCCUUAGGGAGCCUGUUGCCCCACCUGACCCCCAUGGAGUCCUCAGGGCAUCAACAGAGAGCCUAAAAGGCAGGGAAAGCCAGGCCUUAGAUACGGGCAAGGCCAUGACAUCCUUGGUACCCUGCAGACAGGAGCCCUGGGCACACCCAGGAACCAAAGACUUGCUUGUAAGAGAGUGUGAGGUCCAAAGGGAGCCUGCAAAGUCUAUUACUGUCCCAUCUAAGGAUGACUCUCUAGAGGAAGGAACACAAGACCUUUCUGAAGGCCAAUUGUCCUCUGUAGCUGCCAUGACAACAGGCAUUUCCGGGAAAAGCAAAACUCCAAACCCUGUCAUCUGUGCUAGCUCUCAGAAGGAACUUGGGACACCCGGGAACCUGAGGUGUGCUCAAGACCCCUUAAGACCAGGGCAUGGGGGAGGUGCUCUUGACCCAGGGCCCAUGCUUGUAGGUUGUGUGGCCCAUGUGGCAGCCGUGCAAAUUUAUCCAGACAGCCACUCUCCCAGAAAGGAUAGUGGCUGCGGGCUCUUCUGGAAUCCUCAGACUUGGGGUCCCAACACUGUGCAGAAGAAACCCACAAGCGGCCAUCCUGAUGAAGCAGCUGUCUGUGGCUUCUCUUCCACAUCCAGCCCACAAGACCAGAGAUGUCAUGACCUUUUCCUGGACCUGAGUCAGCUCAAGUUGGAACCCUCCAAGCUAGGAAACCAGGCCUGUGCCUCUGUGGACAGCCAGCCCCAACAACUCAGUCCCAGGGCUCCAGAGCAGGUACUGCAUAGGGGUUCAGUGGGAUCCUGA